CACGUGUUUGUGUGUGACUAACUGUGUAUUUGACCUUCUGGGCCUGAAUCUGGGACACUAGUCAGCUAGAGUGUGUGUAAGUGCAAGUGUGUCAUGAUGAAGACAAAAACUCCUGUAGCUGUGCCGCUGCCGCUGUGCUGGUGCGUGUGUUUGUGUGUCGGGGGGGUCGCAGCCGAGAGUGGAGGGGAGGCAUCAACAGGACAGGAGUGUGUGCCUGAUGUCCACACCGUGCUGAGAGAGAUGAGUGCACAUAUUGCAGAGCAGAAACUGGAGCUCACACACACCAAGACACAACUGGAGAAGGAAAUAGAGGAGCUGAAGAGAGAGAAUGAAGCUUUAGCAGACAGGCUGAGUGCUGCUGAGGCUAGGCUGGCAGCCAAUGAGAAGCGAGUUGAAGAGCAGAGCGUCCAAUCAGAGCAGCUUGAGGCCUCCAACACAGAACUGAACAACACCCUACUCCAGAUUACCAGCAAUACAGAAGUGAGUAAGGUGGCAUUCUCAGCCUCGUUCUCAGUGACGUCUAACAAACACAUCGGCCCCUUUGACACAACCAUCACCCUUGUCUACGACCAUGUUUUCACCAACAUAGGCAACGCCUACAACAAACACACAGGGAUCUUCACGGCCCCGGUGAGAGGAGUGUACCGUUUCAGCUACCACAUCUUUGCAGGUGGCUCUCAUGGUGCUGGCGCCACCCUGUGGCAUAACAGUGUACACGUGGCUGCAGCCUACAACCACAAAGCCCCCCACGACAUCAACACGUCCCAGGGGGUCACCUUGGUGCUGCAGCCCGGGGACACAGUCUACCUGCGCCUGGGGGCCGGGGCUUGGGUCUCUGCCUACACUGGACACUACACCACAUUCAGUGGACAACUGCUGUUCCUUAUAUGAUACGAAGACAGGCACAUGCACACAUGUGCACACACACUCCUGAUUGUCAUAUGAUAUUUUUCUAUGACCAGAACUUGUGUCAAAUACAUGUAUUUGUGGCUUCUUUUUUGUGGUAUAACCUAGUGAUAUUCAAAGUGUGGGAUAAGGACCCGUUGAGGGCAGUGAGGUUGUGCUAGGGGGGCCACCAUGGGAAAUUGGCAGGAAAGGUAGGGGCCUAUAGCAAAACACAUUUCAUCGUAAUGAUCAGAAUUGUGCCUUAGGUUUUACUUCUUUUCCAGUUGUUUUAAAAACUUUUUGGGGGACUAUUUUUCAUUCACCAUCCCGAUUCCAAAUAAGUAAAAGACAUUUUUGUGGCACUUUUGUGAGAUAUUGAAAUUCACUUCUGUCAUCAGUGAC